CGCAGGGGGAACCGAGUCUCCCCGGCACAGUGAUGACCGUUCAGCUUCAGCUGCAUUUAUGAGCAUGAUUACAGAUGUUUUGGGAUCUAUGGACGGGCACUUGCAGAAACAACAUUACUGGCAGACCACUUGCAGAACUCAAUACUGAAACUUACCGCCUGCAGAAAAACUCACUCGCUGGAUCAGACGUCAUCAUCGCAUAAUCUUCAGAGCUCGUCCAGCAUGGGUCACUUCACCUUUACAAUACUGACAGGCCUCUUUCUUCUUCUGGUGACCCGGACUGUAUUUGCCAUGGUGUUGUUUAAUGCCACAGAUCUUGGCUUUCUAUUGGAGAAGUACCUGGAGGAUGAUGAUGAUGGUGGAGACGGAGUGGAGGAGCGACAGAGAGGCAAGAGAGCCAUCACUGCCAGUGACAUGCAGGCCAUCCUGGACCUUCACAACAAACUCAGAGGACAGGUUUACCCACCGGCUUCAAACAUGGAGUACAUGGUGUGGGACAAUGAACUGGAGCGGAGUGCUGAGGAAUGGGCCGAGACCUGCCUCUGGGAACAUGGACCAGCAGGCCUGCUGCCUCAGAUUGGUCAGAACCUGGGAGUUCAUUGGGGAAGGUAUCGUCCACCUACUUCUCAUGUACAAGCCUGGUACGAUGAGGUCAAAGACUACUCAUUUCCAUAUCCCCAAGAAUGUAACCCUCACUGCCCUUUUAGGUGCAGUGGUCCAGUUUGCACCCACUACACUCAGCUUGUUUGGGCAACAAGUAGUCGAAUUGGCUGUGCGAUCAAUGUGUGCUACAACAUGAAUGUGUGGGGCCAGAUCUGGGCAAAAGCUGUUUAUCUUGUGUGCAACUACUCACCAAAAGGUAACUGGUGGGGAUAUGCCCCAUAUAAACACGGCACCUCUUGCUCUGCCUGUCCACCAAGCUAUGGAGGAGUGUGCAGAGAAAACCUUUGUUAUAAAGGUGAUGGAACAAAUAGGCAAAGCCCAAAUGAGGAAACACAUGAAAGAAAUUCAAUAGAACCAGAGGCCCCUCACAGCCCUGGGCCCCGUUUACGUGCCCCAAGUCCAACCAGACACCCAAAUGCAGUUGUGAGCAAAGAACAGAUGUCCCAGACUGUGACAUGUGACACAAAGCUAAGAGACCAGUGUAAAGGGACCACAUGCAAUAGGUACGAGUGCCCUGCUGGUUGCUUAGACAGCAUGGUAAAAGUGGUUGGAACUGUGUAUUAUGACAUGCAAUCCAGUAUUUGCCGGGCAGGCAUUCAUUACGGUGUCAUUGACAAUGAUGGAGGCUGGGUGGAUGUCACAAGACAGGGCAGAAAGGACUUCUUCAUUAAAUCAUAUAAAAAUGGACUUCAGUCCCAUGGAAAGUACCAGAGUGCAAAUGCCUUCACAGUAUCUAAAGUUACAGUGAAAGUUAUCACCUGUGACACUACAGUUUCAGUGCUGUGUCCUUACCAAAAGCCUGUAAGACACUGUCCAAGGAUUUACUGUCCUCGAAACUGCUUGGAAGAAAAUUCCCAGCUUUCUCGAGUCAUUGGCACCAGAGUUUAUUCAGAUAAAUCUAGUAUAUGCAGGUCUGCAAUCCAUGCUGGUGUUGUAAGUAAUGAGUCAGGUGGUUACAUCGACGUGAUGCCCACAGACAACAGGAAGCAAUACACUUCAUCGUACCAGAAUGGUAUAGUCUCAGAAAGCCUGCAGAACCCAGCGGGAGGAAAGGCAUUCAGAGUAUUCGCAGUUAUUUGAGCAUGUGCUGAAAUCACGGUCACUCAUCAACCUGUUCUGUUGAUUAGGCUGUAAUACUGGCCAUUGAGAGGCUUUUUUUUCACUCUAACCAACCUGUAUUUCCUUUCACACUAAUGUUGAAUGAAGUAGGUAUUUGCUGUAUAGAUGGAAAGCCUUUCCAGUGCAUCAAGCUGAUUACCCAUUUUAUUGGUUGAAAAGUAUGUGAUUAAGGGAAGAUUCAGGGAAUGUGGUGUCUGUUUUGCAGAGAAAAAGCACUUACGGAUUUUUUGUCUUGCAUAAUUUUCAUUUCAGAAACUUUUAUAGCGUAUCUAUGAUAUAUUUUAUUUUCAUUAUAUGUUGGGGAAGUUCUCAUCCAUUUAUAGUUUCGUUAUUAUUUUUUGUAACUGUAUUUAUUUUUAUAUAUUGCUUUAAGGCAAGAAAAGACUGCUGAUAAGGUUUUGUUAAGGUUUUUGCAAAUUAUUUUGAUGAUAAUGAAGAAUGUGGAUAAUCCUGCAGGGCAGGAGAUUGCAUCUAAAUUUUAAGAACAUCAAAAAAUAAAUAAAUAAAUAAACUUGUAUGAAACGUCCACAUUGUUAAACACUGUAAAUAGCUUGUCGCGAAAAGCUUGUCUAUAGAAUUAUUAGUAGGGUAUAUGCAGAAGUAUGCGGAAGGACUUUUAGUUUUUUUUUUAGUAACCUGGGUCAAGCAUUUCUGGUGAACUGUAUGACAUUACAAAAUCUGCGCAUUUAAGGUCUGCUUUUAAAAAUCAAUGAUGUCCACUGCCUGAUUGAUUUACAAUGCAUCCGGAAAGUAUUCAUAUCGCUUCACUUUUUCCAAUUUUUUUUAUGUUACAGCCUUAUUCCAAAAUGGAUUAAAUUCAUUUAAUUCCUCAAAAUUCUACACACAAUAGUCCAUAAUGACAAUGUCAAUCCUGUCUCGGAGGUCUACAGACAAUUCCUUUGUCUUCAUGCUUGGUUUGGGCUUUGACAUGCACUGUGAACCAUGCGAACUUAUAAAGACAGGUGUAUGCUUUUUCAAAUCAUGUCUAAUCAACUGAAUUUACCACAGGUGAACUCCAAUUAAGCUGCUGAAACAUCUCAAGAAUGAUUAGUGGAAACAGAAUGUACCUGAGCUCAAUUUAGAGCUUCACGACAAAGGCUGUGAAUACUUAUGUACAUGUGAUUUUUUUAGGUUUUUUAUUUUUAAUAAAUUUGCAACAAUUUCAAAAAAUCUUUUUCACAUUGUCAUUAUGGGGUAUUGUGUGUAGAAUUUUGAGGAAAUUAAUGAAUUGAUUUCAUUUUGGAAUAAGGCUGUAACAUAAAAAAAUGUGGAAAAGUGAAGCGAUAUGAAUACUUUCCCGAUGCACUAUACGAUAUAAAGUGGGUUUCAGAAUGUACAAGAAGCUCUGCAUUAAAUUACAUUUUCCCUCGCCAUGUCUUUAAAUCAUGAACAUUUAUUUUACCCCAGUAUGUUCAAUGGCUUUUUAUCUGGUUUUACGCUUGGACAACUAAAUGAAUGCUGAAGUCUAUUUAACUGAUUGUGUUUUAAUUAUAUCACAACAUCGAUGCUGUAAAAGGAACCGUAUAAAAUUGAAAUGUCACAUUAACUGUUUAUCAGUAUGGGAAGAAACACUAGCUGUGCAUAUACCCUAUUGAAUUGAAUUGCAUUGUUCAUAGAUUACUGUAUGUAGUGUACCAUGAAUUCAACUGUAUUAUCAUUUAAAAUAGGUUCCUUUUUAGUAGUGAAUUGUCACCCACUACCUAAAAGUGCCCUUUUUUGCUAUUUUAAAGAUUUUCUAAUUCAUCAGUAAAUACUUGUACAUUUACAUUCAUGUAAAUCCAGUUAAAAAAAAAAACUUUCAUUUUCUCAUAAUAGACAUUGCAGAAUCACCUCUUUUUUUACAUGUCAUUUAACAAAGUUCAUUUAAGGAUCUAAAAGAGUCUUCUAUGCUCUGAUUACCAUCAUUACCAUAUCUGAAUUUCAGCUCCAGAGGCUUCCUCUUUUUUUUGCAGUGAUAUGAACAGUAAUGAUGGUGUCGAUUUAAGCGUAUCAGAGCCUGAGUCUUCAUAUUUUAGAAAUGCAUGAAAAGUGGAAUUACUUUUGCAGUAAAUGAAAGAGCAUCUUCUGGACAUGUCGAAAAUGUGAGCCAGACUUUUUCAGGCCUCAAGUACAAAUAAAGCAAUCACAGGAAGCCACAAGCUGGUUUUACUUUAAUUUGGAACAAACCUACAUUUUACCAAACCGCUAUAAACGCUUUAAGAAAGUUAAUAUUUAGAGAAAUAAAAGCAUAACAGUGGCACUUUAAGGUGCAGUGGUGUUAGCGAAAUUUCAGGAAGAUUAAAUCUUAGGAACACCCCUGACAGGCAAUUUUAGACUUGUUGUUGGUUCCCUUGGUUUGUUUGGUCUAGAUCCAAAAAUAUUAAGAGACAUUUAGCAUUUUCACAAAAAUCACUGUUCUGCUACAAUAUUAAAUAUUUUCAUAGUUCAUUUGGUUUUAUGAGGCAAUAUUUCUACAGUAUAUGGAGCAGAAUUUGUCAUAUGUAGGUUAACACUUAUCUCAUCAGAGCACACCUGUUCCUGGAUUCCACUCAUAUCAGUCAUCCAUCACAAUUAAUGGACACCACCUCUAUGUGCUUUUGGUGGCUAUCCUUGCAGCUGACAUUAUAUUGUUUAUCAUUUUGUAUGUUUUUGGAACCAAAUUUUUUGUUAGGCUUUUCACAGUAUUUUUGCUCCAGAAUAACUUCAUUCAGAGGCAUUGGUAAAACAAACCUUGCUAUAUUUACUCAGUGUACAUAAUAACUAACUUAUAGAAGCUACAUUAUAAAUCAUAUAUUGUGAUAAAGCCUGGUUUGUAGGUCCUCAUUCAAGUGAUCUGGUCCAGAAUUAGUUUGUGACUGUGAUUGUCCAUGAAGGUCAUCAGUCCACUGCUCUUCACCAAGUACAAACACAGAUACAGGGACACUGGAUCGUUUUAAAGCCAGUCGAGUCGAGUCAUCAGCGGAUCACUCGUCUGUGUUUGCACUCGGUAAACAUCGGUGAAUUUCUGUUGAGCAAUGGUAAAUACUAUGGCAAAUUAGCACUGUUAGAGAACAUGCUCAACAGCACUUAAAUGUUAGCAGGAAAUUGAUGUUUUUCCAAAAUUCAGUUUCAUGACAAGUAUAAUAUAGUGAAAGAAUCAGUUCGUUAACUUGAGUUUGAUAAAUGGCAUCUAAAACGUGUGUUUGGGAAAGAAAUCGUUAUCUAACUAGUGCCAUUUUCCUUAACUUAGCUGAAAAUGAAUCCCAUUGUAUUUUCGCUAUCCAUUUCGAAAGGACCGUCGCGUCACUCGGAAGGUGGUGAAAUGAUAAAUGUGUGUCACUUUCUCUUUGCUGAUAAGAUAUACAGCCAGGUUCACAAUGUUCCUUUGGGAGGAAACCAGAGCUAAACACUUCUGGGUUUCUUCUCACCACAGCCUCAACUUCUCUUUUAAAAUGGCGCCACAUGAAAUAAGUCUAUUCCAGCAUAUGUUUUACACAGCUCUUCCGGCCCAGUACUGAGAAACAUGAGGCAUUAAAUGUCAGCAAAAAUCACGGAUGAUAAUCAUCCCAGUGUGCAUGAGCUUUAACAGAGGUAUUGAACAAGACCUACAAUAGAACCAAACCUGCAAGUGUGAACACACCCUUAACUUUGCAAAUGGUGCUCUUUUCUGCUUUAUUUGGAAUGAUAGAAAUAUUUACAAUUGAAUUGAGAUACAACAAUAAACAAUCUAGCAGUUGGCACUUUACAAUGUUGGAUAAUGUAUGCAUGAUUGUUCUGUACAUACUAUUUUGUGUUUUCUACCUCACAUUGAUUAAAAUAAAAAUUCAAUAAACUUCAG